AUGUUUGGUACCUCUUUUGACCUAGUCCCUCGGUAUUUCAGCAUUCCAGCCGAAAUUCAGCUAGACUCUAAAACGCUCGACCCCAAUAACGCGGAUGGUCCCUUCGUUCUUGGUGCCCUUCUUGAAUCUCUUGCAUACCCUUUCGGGGCCCUCAAUGAGGGGCCUCAUCGCGUCGAAGUACCAGAUGACCAUGUGGACAAGUUCUCUCGGGGCGCCGACGAUGGAUUCAAGGCUUAUUCUAGGGCUGAGCAUGAAAACCCUUGGAUCCUUUUCAAUUACUCUGUAUCGUCUGAACUAAAUGUCACGUGCAAUAUAUUGGAGACAAAGUGUUUCGAUCCCGAGGAUAUUGACGAAUACAUUGGCCGAUCCUUAGAUUCUGAGCCGAUCAAGAAGUGGCUCGAUGGAAAGAAGCGGGCAGAGCUUUACAUGAUCACCGGUUUUCAGGUGGCUAAGGGCCUUCGGGCUACCGCCACGACGAAGGUGAGACUGGGCUCGAGAUUUGGUUCUAUUGUGAAAGAGGAUGAACAGGAAGUCAUGCCAAGGAUGCGCAACGACGUCAUUGUUUCGUAUCGGGCUACAAAGUAUACCCUCUCUCGUCGCAGCCUCCUUAAUCGUUGGACGUCUCGAGAUCUGGAACACGGCGAUUGGACGAUUCGGUCUGAGCCCGUCCUUGUAGGAGAUGACUAUGAGACGGCCAUCAAAAAGCUCAAGGAGGUCGUUCCUAUUAUGAGAGGAUUGUGA